AUGCAACAAUCUCCAAAAGCUCCCUCCCACAGAAAGCUCCUACAGCUGGGACGCACUAAAAAUAUCAAGAAAAAAAACAGUUAGCAGAUGAAUUCUGUUGACUUUGGCAAAAACUGAGAGAAAGGAAAACACUCCCUGCAAAUGCCUCAGCCAUUCACCGGGAGACUUUUUCAACUGGAGCACUCCUAGAACUGAGGCAAAGUGACACCGUAACAAAGCAGCCAUGGGCCAUCAUACAUGCACUGGUCUCCACUUGUUACUCUGUAUCAGCACAAUUCUGAUCCUCUUUCAUCAAAGCUCAGCCUGCCGCUGGGGAACAGAGACAGAAUGUGAGAAAGCACCCUUUGUGCCUGGCUACAACCUUGCAGGAGAAGGAUUUGAUGUAGUCAGGCUGCAACGCAAAGGUGCCUAUUUGAUAAAUGUUAAAAGCCACAGUUUUGAGAACUGCACAUGUACUGUGUGCAAGAACCGCUUCCAAGGAGGACAGCUGCAGAAACUUCCCUUGGCCAUUGUGGACUGGCGUCCUUUCAGCCGCUGUAGCAAACAGCUCUCAAGUGCUAUUCACCAUUCCAUUGAUUCACUUAUCAAAAGCUCCACAUCGCUGGUCAACAAUAACUGGGGAAUAGACCUUAGUUUGGAUGAUUUGGGCAAGGCUAUUUUGGGAGGGAGCCAGUCAGAUAUAGCCAAGUUUGCCCAAUCGCAGCACAUGAUGGACAAGGCGACUUUUGCUCUGCAUGAGAUCAGCUGCACUUAUUACAGUUACAGGGUAAUGGAUCAGCCAGAGCUCAGUAUGGAAUUUACUAAACGUUUACUUCAACUACCUAGACACUACAGUGAGAAAACUAAAUCCCAGUAUCGGAGGAUUAUUGAUACAUAUGGCACCCAUUACAUCCGUCAUGUCUAUUUAGGAGGACGCGUGAGACAAGUCACCGCCUUCCGAACCUGCCUUGCAACCCUAAAGGGCUUUUUGGAGUCUGAUAUAAAGAACUGUCUGAACAUUGAGUUAAAAAUGUCUCUAGGAUUUCUGCCUGCAAACACAUCACUUUCUAACAAAUGCUCCAAUAUUCUCAAGGAUAACAUGAGCAUGGGCUUCUAUCAGGGCUUCUUGACACAGAAGUUGGAGGUCUUGGGUGGUGAAAGUUACUUCCCAGACCUUGUGUUUCAUCAGAGACCAGCUGAAGCUUAUGCAAACUGGAUGAACAGCUUGCGCGAGAACCCAGAUAUAAUUUCUUAUGCCAUUUUUCCACUCCAUCAUCUGGUAGUUGACCCAGAGCUAAGUGCCAGCCUAAGGAGGGCUGUGACUGAGUACAUUGAAGAGAACAUGCUUCCUUCGGAGCAGAAUCAGAACCAUGAAUGCAACCCAACACCAAACUUGGACCACAACUGCUGCCCUCAGCGAGCAGGUCAUGGCACCUUGAGAGUAGUGGUGCAGCGGGCCACAGGUCUUAAGGCAGACAUGUUUACUAAAACGGAUGGGUUUGUCAAAGUGUGGUACAAUAACAUGUAUGAGGAGACAGACAUAGUGAUGGAUGAGAACAACCCAGAAUGGAACAUUAGUUACAAUUUUGGUUCAAUAGAAUUAGGUCAUGAGUUAAUAUUUGAGGUGUGGGACAGUGAUGUAAUGUAUAACGACAUGGUGGGAAGGUGUGUCGUCUAUCCUGAACGUGGAAUUCACUCACAUAGUUGCAAAUUAAAAAAGGGAGUUUUUUAUUUCACUUACAGCGCCCAAUGUGACGCUCACCUGGCUGGCCAUAGGUGCGGACGAUACUCCCCAAAAACCUGAGUACCUCGAUCGGGCAAUCACAGAGAUGAUUUUUUUUUUCAAACUAUGAAAAUAUGAAGAAUUUUGAAUUUUUGUUUUACUUUUCCCUCUAGCUUUUUCAUUUAUCUAUACAGCAAAUAUAAUUUGAAAUGACCAUUAAAUAUAAAUGUGCAAAAUAUCAGUUUUAGUUUGUUCAUUAGUGUCACCACUUUCAAAAUGGAAUCAUGGCUACAGGAAAACCUAACUGUUGUUUUUGCAGAAAUAUUUCUGGAUUGGUAACGUAGGAGUGAUUUGGGGGGUGGGGCUGGUCUGAAAUGCUAGCAGGGUUUAUUUUUUUAAAUAAAGCACUUAAAUCCUAAUUUCUAAUGUCUUUUCACUGGUGAAAUAUUUGUAAAACACACAGACGGACGUAAAGGCUGACCAAUAGCAUUCAUCUAUGAAAAAAAAUAAAAAUGGACAAAAUAUGAGAUACGAGUUCUGAUGUAUGUCACUGAAUGAAGCUCAAUUUAUUCAUUAAUAUUACUCCAAACAGAGAAUUGUUCAUUUAAAACACUAGCUACUAUAAUCAUUAAGAACAGCUGCUAGUUAAUGUAGAUAGACACAGUACAUGUUGAGACUUGGGUGCUAUCCUGUGAGGAUUGCUGUUUCUGUUGGUGAGCUGAAGCUAUGAGUAUGAGUUGGAGGAGUUUUUUUUUUUGGCUACAAAAAAAACAAAAAAACAAACAAACAAAACAAAACAAAAAAAACACUCCAUUGCCCAUUUUUUUCGCUGGAUGACAGUGUGAACUACUAUGGCAGUUCUUGGUGCAGCAGCACUGCCCUACCAUGGCAACGUUUUCCAGAAUGAUGAAAAUGAAAACACACAGUCUCCAACUCACCAACAGUGGGAGUGAUCCUCACAUGAUGGUGCCCCCAUCCCAAACACCCAACCAGCUGGCUAACUGGUAGCUAUCCAUACAACUUACAAGCUUGUCCUUCUCAGUAUUUUCUACUCUUAUUUUUCAUCCUCCUCUGUCCUCUUACUCUUAAAAUAUUGUAGGAUACUCAUCUCUAUGUGAAUCUUUUGACUAAUGUUUCCAUUAAAUCGUUUAUGGACACAUACCAAUGGCACAUACACACAAUUUUGCUGUGCUAGCUAGCUUGCAGACUUGUGCAUAUUUGAUGGUUUCAUAGGCUAAAUAAUUAUUUUGACAACAAAACUGGCGAUCAAAACCAGCAAACAUGCAAUAAUUUCAUGGACUGAAAUAGCUACAAUAUCCUGCCUCAAAUACAAAGUGGUAAAUCUUUCAUGUAUAUGUUAGUGUGCUCAAGAGCAUCUGAAUAGGGUGGUGCAGGAAUGACGUCAUUUUGUAUACCAAAACCUGGAAACGAUUUAGCAUUUUAGCCCUUCCGCUUCCAUCGUCCUGAAGUCAAUGUGUUUUUGAAUGGGUUUUUGUUUAAAAGCCUGAAAUAAUGACUGUGGUAAACACAAGCUCAAAAUAUUUUCAUGUUUUAUUCUACGACAUUAAAUACACCAGUAAAACCCCACUCAUGAUUUUUGAAAGCUUUUAGGUGUAUUAAAAAAGGUGGUUGUUAACAAGUUGCUAAAUGGGACUAUAGACGUUGUCGGGGACAUUAAACGUAAUGUGACACUGCUAGCUUUAGCAGAAUACUCAGAGUCAACAAAAAUAAAAUUUCUUGUUUACUGUUUAUGUCAAGGUUACCUUUUAUACCCAACAGAGUAAAUCUGUAUUAUGAAAAAUGUUUUUAAAUCAAGGUUAGAAAAUUUGUCGAAAACUUGGUGAUGUGACGAAGUUGAGCGACUGCGGUGUAGUUUGUUUAUAGCAUACGGUUAGCUUUUAAUUUCUGGCGAUUGUAUUUAGACUUCAAACUUCAUAAAAGUUGUGUUCAUUUGUGAAAAUUAUCUUGAUGGACAAAACAUUAAUAUUGUAAACUUUUGUUGAUCACAGAGCUUAUUUUUUGUGAUAAUCUGAAAGUUUAUGGGAAAAUCCUAUUGGGUUCCUGUCGAGGAAACCAGUGUGAUGAUAACUUGACGUACAAAAUGACGUCAUCCCUGCACCCCUCUAUGCUGUAUCGUAACUGUGACCUCAGAAUGCAAGUUUUUUUUUUUUUUCCUUGGAUGGUCACAGAAUAUUCAAGUCAUCUUCAAAUGAAUCCAUUCCGCUUUCAUUGUGUAUGAGUAGCCACCUCCCUGAAAAUCCAUACCAGGUCUUGCUUGUUUCCUUGCAGUGACAGACACUUUGCUCUUAAGCUUGACAACAGGCAAACAGUUCAACAAGCCCUAGCUACUAGAGUCUCAUUAUAGUGAGUUUUAAAAAAAAUUUUUUUUAUUGAAGCAUGUUUCUAAAAGUUGUGGAAUGGAUUCAUUUGGAGACUGUCCAACUCAGAAAUUCUGAGACAGGCAGGCAAUGCAAAAUAAAAUUUGAGAUUAGGAAAAAGUGGGGGAGACAAAACCUAGAUUUUGAAAUGUGUGUGUGUGUGUGUGUGGGGUUGGAGGGGGGACGGCACGGGGUGGUACAUGUCCUCAUAUCCUACCCCCAGUAUAAUGGCUCCUACACCCUUGUUCUGGAUUAAAAUAAAUUAUAGGGUUGAUUUACUUUGUACUGCUUAAUAGUAUGCUACACAGUGAGAUCUGUAAACAUUUGGAAAAUUUUUUAUUUUAGCUGUCUAACACAGUAUAUAGGAGUUAAAAUUAUAUAAUAAAUAAGCUCAAAAGACUUUCAUCUUUAAUGUGAGUGUAUAUACAGCCAAAUCAGGUGAAUGGCGCAGGAAUUACAGCACUUUAUAUGUAGUCCCCCACUAUUAUUAGACACUUGGCAGCUAAGCUGUUCCACGGCCUGAGUGUGUUGUGUGGUCUAGAGCUGAUAUUAAAUGCGGUCCAUACAUUUGGAAUCUGUUGCUCUUAACUCUCAAUAUAGAUUCCCAUGAGCUGUUACUGGCAGUGAAGCAAGUCUUCACUAGCCUGAACAGUCAAAACAUUCUUUCAUAAAAAGAAAGAAUGCACUGGUGAGCUCAAGCACCCGGAAGAACACAGAAAAACAAAAUAUGAUUGAUGACAGAAGAAUUCUUUUCCUGCUGAAGAAAAAACCCUUCACAACAGUUGGUCAGAUCAAGAACACACAACUGUGUCAAAGUCAGCAGUCAAAAGAAGGCUUCACUAGAGUAAAUAAAGGUUUGAGCAUUUACAGUGCAUCCGGAAUGUAUUCAGAGUACUUCACUUUUUCCACAUUUUGUUGUUAUGUUACAGCCUUAUCCCAAAAUGGAUUAAAUUAAUUAUUUUCCUCAAAAUUCUACAAACAAUACCCCAUAAUGACAACAUGAAAAGAAGUGUGUUUGAAAUCUUUGCAAAUUUAUUUAUAUAAAAAAAAAAAAAAAAAAAAGCACAUGUACAGAAGUAUUCACAGGCUUUGCCAUGACACUCAAAAUUGAGCUCAGGUGCAUCCUGUUUCCACUAAUCAUCCUUGAGAUGUUUCUACAAUUUGAUUGGAGUCCAUCUGUGGUAAAUUCAGUUGAUUGGACAUGAUUUGGAAAGGCACACACCUGUCUAUAUAAAAAAGGUUCCACAGUUAACAAUGGAUGUCAGAACACAAACCAUGCCAUGAAGUCCAAGGAAUUGUCUGUAGACCUCCGAGACAGGAUUGUAUGGAGGCACAGAUCUGGAGAAGGGUACAGAAACAUUUCUGCAGCAUUGAAGAUCCCAACGAGCACAGUGGCUUCUAUCAUCCGUAAAUGGAAGAAGUUUGGAACCAGCAGGACUCUUCCUAGAGCCGGCUUCCCAGCCAAACAGAGCAAUCGGGGGAGAAGUGCCUUAGUCAUGGAGGUGACCAAAAACCCGAUGGUCACUCUGAUGGAGCUUCAGCAUGACUCUGUGCAGAGAGGAGAAACUUCCAGAAGAAUAACCAUCUCUGCAGCACCCCACCAAUCAGGCCUGUAUGAUAGAGUGGCCAGACGGAAGCCAUAGCCCACCUGGAGUUUGCCAAAAGGCACCUGAAGGACUCUCAGACCAUGAGAAAAAAAUUUUUUGUCUGAUGAAACUAAGAUUGAACUCUUUGGCCUGAAUGGCAAGCAUCAUGUUUGGAGGAAACCAGGCACCACUCAUCACCUGGCCAAUACCAUCCCUACAGUGAAGCAUGGUGGUGGAAGCAUCACGCUGUGGGGAUGUUUUUCAGCGUCAGGAACUGGGAGACUAGUCAGGAUUGACGGAAAGAUGAAUGCAGCAAUUUACAGAGACAUCCUUGAUGAAAACCUGCUCCAGAGCACUCUAGACCUCAGACUGGGGUGCAGGUUCAUCUUCCAACAGGACAACGACCCUAAGCACACAGCCAAGACAACAGAGGAGUGGCUACAGGACAACUCUGAAUGUCCUUGAAUGGCCCAACCAGAGCCCAGACUUGAACCUGAUUAAAACAUCUCUGGAGAGAUCUGAAAAUGGCACAUAAAAUGUGGAAAAAGUGAAGCACUGUGAAUACUUUCCAGAUGCACUUUACCACAAGAUUGCAAACCAUUGGUAAUUCUCAAAAAUAGAAAGACCAGUUUAGAGUUGGCCAAAAAAAAACACAUGUACAGCUCUAGAACAUCAUCCUAUGGACAGAUGAGACAAAAGGUCAACUUGUACCAGAAUGUUGGAAAGAGAAGAGUAUGGGGAAGGGAAGGACCUGCUCAUAUUCUGAAGCAUACCACCUCAUCUUAUGGCAUGGGCAUGUAUGGCUUGUUCCCUUGUAUUUAUUGAUGUGAAUGCUGAGAAUAGCAGCAGGAUGAAUUCUUAUGUGCAUAGGCCUAUAUUAUCUGUUCAGAUUCAGCCAAAUGCUUCAAAACUCAUUGGACAGCACACAGUGCACAUGGAUAAUGAUUCAAAGAACACUUUGAAAGCAACCUUUAAAACAAAGAGGUGGAAUGUUAUGUAAUUGCCAAGUCAGUCACCUGAUCUGAAUCCAGUUUAGCAUGCAUUUCACAUGCUGAAGGCAAAAUGUUCCAAAAACCAGCAGGAACUGAAGACUGCUGCAGUAAACUCCCUGCAGAGUACAAAACAUUUUCAACCAAGUAUUAAAAAUGACAAUCAAAUAUAUGAUUGUUAGUUUGUCUAAUUACUUUUUGUCCUUUACAACGGGGGUGGCAGGGGGAUUGUGCACAUAGAAUGUGGUGUUAUUCCUAGUUUUCACCUAAUUUGGAUGAAAGUCCCAUUAAAUGAAAACUGAAAAUCUUCACUUUGAGGACAUUUAUGAUUUACUUCUACAUGCUUUGACAGUUAUCGUUUUAGUUGUCCUUGUCCAAAUAUUUAUGGACCUGACCAUAUAUCUAGUAUACUUUCAUGGUCCCAUAUUAUCAUUUAAACCUACCAUAUACAGUGGUGCUUGAAAGUAUUGAACCCUUUAGAAUUUUAUUUAUGCAAAAAUGACAGCACACCAGAUUUUCACACAAGUCCUAAUAGUAGACAACGAGAACUCACAAAUUAGACGACAAUAAUAUACUUGGUCAUGUAUUUAUUGAGGAAAAUGAUCCAUUAUUACAUAUCAUUUGGGUGGCAAAAGUAUGUGAAACUCUGGGUUAGCAGUUAAUUUGAAGGUGAAAUUAGAGUCAGGUGUUUUUCAAUGAAUGUGAUGACAAUCAGGUGUGAGUGAGGGCUCCGUUUUAUUUAUAUAUUAAAAAAAAAAAAAAAAAAAAAAAAACCAACACGGGGACCAAUCUUCAAAGCACACGUUUGAGGAAGUGCAUCAUAGCAUGAACAAAGGCACUUUGAGUAAGAGUUAUUGAUACUCAUCAGGCUGGAAAAGGUUACAAAACCAUCUCUAAAAAGAGUUUGAACUCCACCAAAUCCACAGUUAGACAGACUGUGUACAAAUGGAGGAAACCACUGUUACCCUCCACAGGAGUGGUUGACCAAUUUGGACAUGCCAAUCAGCCUACCAUGCAUGUCUUUGGACUGUGGGAGGACACCUGAGUACCCUGAGGAAAGCACCACAGUACAGGAAGAACAUGCACACUCCGCACACAAAGGGCCGCAGCGGGAAUUGAACUCUGGAGGUGUAAGGCAGACGUGCUAACCACUAAGCCACCAUGCGCCUCUGUACAUGUUAUGUAAAUAAUCGAAACCAAAUUAAAACUUUCUACGGGAUUUUACAAAGUUUCGGAAGGGCCAAUUUUCUCCAUACUCACAUGUGUAUGUUGACCCAUGCCAAAUCACCCAUAAAUUACCUGGAUCAUGCAUGGCACAGCUUUGGUGAGGUCCACAAAAGGCAAAGCUUACAGUGUUAAAAUGAGAGAGUCAACACCAAAAAAAAAAAAGACUUCCUCAGAGGUAGAAGUGAAAAGUUUUGACUCAAUCUGUUAUAUGUAAACACCGUGUGACCACACCUUGAAAAGUCCCAAUUUGGAGGGGAAUUACAGAAAAUGUGAACUAGAUAUGAAAUAUGAGGUGAAAAGAAAAUGGUUUGACAUGAAAACAGAUGAAAGAAGGCCUACAUUGUACACAAGUUAUGUACAUCGAGUGCAUCACAGGAAACUGCUAUAUUUAAUUUGUUUUGGCCGACAUGCUGAAUCCAACGUGUUGCACAGAAUUUAAAGAAGGUGCCAUGGCAAAGAGAACCGAUUUAUAAGCCAGCUUUCAUUUUUAAACACCCUUUCCUUCUCCUGAAUCUUCCGCGAGCUGAGGCAUUUGUUUACAGCUUACGGCUAUGCACAAACCAGCCUGUCCUCUGAUUAUAUGCUCACUUUUUUUUUGGUCCAAGUUAAAUGACUAGUUUUACUUGUCAUAAUUUUUAGGUAUGUGUUGGCUCACUUUAUUUUUCCAAUUUUAUUUUAAUUAAUGCCAAUAAUAAUUUUUAUAUUAUACACACACACACUGAUCUAGUGAAGGAGCACAAGCUUUUGCUAGAGUAUACUUUCGCACUUCUACAAGUUGCUCUGGGUAAGGGUGUCUGCUAAACGCUGUGAAUGAAAUUAAUGAGCAAUGUAAACAACUCUAUGUAAUCCACAUAUACAAGUGCAGUAAUACAUGCAAAUUAUAGGAUAUGAAGUUGAUUGAUACAUUAGUUACUCUUCUUAUGGGUUAAUAUAGACACUGAAGAUACGAAUGCUCUUCCAAAAUGAAGG